UGGCUGCUGCAGAAAGGCGGGGCUAAUCUACAGCGCCUAGGAGGAAGAAGACGGCCAUCUUCGUGAGGUCGCAUGCCUUUGUGAUGCCAAGACACUGUUCUGCUGUAGGUUGCAAGUCACGUGACACAAAAGACAUUAGGAAAUCUGGGAUCACUUUUCACAGCUUCAGUGUCAAGAACUCCUCCAAUAAUGAGGACUCAGAAACCCAGGAGAUCUUCAACAGUGAGACUGUAUUGCAAAAAGUAGCAGAAAAUGAGUGUGAAAAAGGCGAAGGGGAGGAGAAGCGUGCUCAGUCCUCUUCUCAGCCUUCAUGUGAGGCUCCUCAAACCUCUGAGGAGUCGUCAGCGCUAGAUAAGCAGCCACCUGACCCCUCUUCUCCUCCUCGUCCACCUUCUCCAUCCCGCUACAUGAGACGUCUCCCGCCUCCUCCUGGAUUUUACUUACCCAAAGAGCACAACUACGCUCAGCUGUGCCCUCUAGUGUGGCGCAAGCGCUACGACAAAGCCAUCGACAGCUUGGAAAAAGCACUGCGUCUUCUGAGUGCCGCUCGACGGCGAGAGAACCGCCUGCGCCACGCGUUACUGCGCCUCAGAGAGAACCGACUCCGAAGCACGCUGUUUCGCACACGAGACAGAGCCAAAGGAAAGGAGGCCCAGGGAGGCAGGUUUUCAAGCUGGGCUGCUCAAAAGGGACAGGGGGCGAAGGUGGAGAGAGGUUGCAAUCUUGAGGGAUUGGAGGAGAGCGCAAAUGAUGAAAUAGACCUUCUGGCUGAGGGCUGGAACGGACAAGCACAGACAAAAGGAAAAGUCGCUGGGGAAGAGGAAGAAGGGUGCUGCUUUUAUUGCGGAAGAGACAAUGAAGGAAACAAAGUAAGUGGAUACAAAGAAGCAACUGUAGGACCUGAUGAGGGUCAAGGAUCCCACACAAGACAUGAGCCCAAGAGAAUCCAGGAAAUCAAAAGGAAAGCCAAAGUGCUCAAAGAACAAAUGUCAGAGACCUCAAAGACUGAGGUAGUGCCUGUGGAGCAGCAAAGCUACUAUUUAUAUUACUGUGAGAGCGCAGAGAACGAGGACACAAUGCAGGUGGUCACCAUGGAGUUGCUGAGCAGCGAGGAGGAAACAUCUCUAGAGCUUCACAGCAAUGCAGAAGAAAUCCAGCAACUCGCUCUGCUGCAUCCACAGACUGGCAUGCACACUGCGCCCGGGCCUGUUCAGUACUCCACAACGCUACAGGAAACUUCUGCGCCAUUCCAGCUGCAGCAAAUCCAAGUGCUUCAGCCGCAGCAAGGACUUCUUCUCCCUGACCUCGCCACUAAGGAAAAGAGCGACAUGGAGCAGCAGGGACAGCAGUUCUUCUGGGUACAGGAAGGGGCUGAUGAUCACGUCCUGCUGAUGCCGGUUCCUGCCGAAGCGAGGGAAAGCAACGGGGUUGAUGUUGAGACUGUGAUUGAGACUGUGCAGCCUCAGGUGAUAUUGGAGAGAUAUCAGUCAAAGGACGCUGAAGACAGGGAUGGACUGACUGUGAAGUGUGAUUCCACGGUAGUAACAGCUACAGCGUGGGGAGACGGUCAGCUCACACACCAGUCGGACCUGAGACCCACGGCAGAUGUCAGAGAGAGACUGAAGGAGCAUCUAGAGGUGUUUCAGCUUCAGCUUAGCAGCGAGUUUAUUGACUGAACCGAUCGACGUGACAUAUUAAAGAGGUCAUAUGAUGCUGCUAAAAAUAACAUGAUUUUGUGUAUUUGGUG